CAUCUGGCCACACCCCUGGGAUCACUCAACAGCUCCGCCUCCUCGCUGGUGAUUGCCCGCCGGAACUGUAGCUCAGGAGAGGCACACAGGCGGCCAAUCAUCGGCGAGGAGGUGGAGCUUGGAGAGGAGGAGCCGAGCGGCAGCUCGAAGAUCAAAGAAGAUCAAGUGAGGGACUUGCCAGAGCGAGUGAAGAGGAGAGCGGCCGGAGAAGGAAGACAGCUGACCGGUAAUUCCAGGUAUGCUGGCUGUAGAUGGGAGAGGGAGGGAGCGAGCCCAGGUUGGAGCAGAGGUCAGCAAGGUAAGUAUCAUUGGUGUCAGUGGGAG